GUAAAAAUUAAAGGACGAGAAGUUUAGUAGCUGUAAUGGCGGCCAUGUCAUGAAGGUGCCUGAUUAUUAUUAUUUGCCUGGGAUGGAAGACAAUUCGUCGCAAAAUCACAAUGGACAAUUAGAUCCAAGUGGAGGUGGCAAUGUUUCCAACAAACAAAACGACGAUGGAAGUCAAAGGACACAAUAUUCGAUACCGGGAAUUCUGCAUUUCAUCCAACACGAGUGGGCAAAGUUCGAACUGGAAAGAUCGCAAUGGGAAGUGGAAAGAGCCGAGCUUCAGGCCAGAAUAGCGUUCCUCCAGGGAGAAAGGAAGGGACAAGAAAAUGUCAAAAGCGAUCUCGUGAGGAGGAUUAAAAUGCUGGAAUACGCCUUAAAACAAGAGAGGGCAAAAUUCCACAAACUUAAAUAUGGAACAGAGUUGCAACAAGGAGACAUGAAACCUCCUGUUUUUGAUGAUGUUGUGACUGAUGCCAAGCUGGAAGCAGACGCACCAUUCACAUCUGUUAGCAACAUCAGUUGGAGGCAGGGCCGCCAGUUACUUAGACAGUACCUUCAAGAAAUUGGUUACGCCGAUACAAUCCUCGAUGUCCGUUCAAACAGAGUGCGUUCACUCCUUGGCUUGAACAACAAUGCUGAAUGUGAAGAAAACUUGAACAAUUCUUCCCCGGCAGUCAAUGGCAAUGAAUCCUCAAACAAACGCGCCAGCGAAACCCAAGGCAGAAGAACCCCAGCUAAAAAGACGCAAUCCUCAUCAAUCACCGAAGCUAUGAUUUUGGACACAGAAGCUGCUGUAAUGGCCAAUUUUGAGUUUCUUUCGCCUGAUGUUGAUAUGGAUGAUGAUGAUGACAUGAGCGAUGAUCUGGAAGACCAGCAAGAUGAUGAAACAGAUGAUGUGAAAACGGCCAAGCGGAAGAACAAAUGCUUGAUGAUGAACGAGGGUCUUGCUGAUGACGUAGACGCGGAGGCUGAGGAAGUUCUGAAUGAGCUGAACUUGCUCACUGAAUCUGAAGAUGCACAAAAUGAACUCCGUGCUCCAGGUGGUUCGCCAAGUAUGGGUUUUGCUACGAGCUCAAGAAGGCCAAUGGGCGCCUUGGGGGAUGAUGAGGGGCUGGACUCCUCACUGGGUCUGGGUGAAUUGGCACAGCUUACAGUCAAUAAUGAAGCAGAAGCAGCUUAUGAUCAGAUUGCAUCCAGUAAAGAAGCUUAUCGUAAGAUGUGGAACGCAAAGUACACACUGCGGAGCCACUUUGACGGAGUGCGCGCUCUUGCUUUCCACCCAACAGAGCCAGUCCUCAUCACAGCUAGCGAGGACCACACGCUUAAACUGUGGAAUCUGCAGAAAACCGUGCCUGCUAAGAAGUCAGCUUCCCUCGACGUGGAGCCUCUGUACACCUUUAGGUCACACACUGGUCCAGUCCUCUGCCUGACUAUGAGUGGCACUGGCGAGCAGUGCUACAGUGGUGGGCUGGAUGGACUGAUCCAAUGCUGGAAUUUGCCCAGCCCCAACAUCGACCCUUACGAUUCAUUUGACCCCAGCGUACUCACUGGCAGCUUGGUUGGUCACACAGAUGCAGUGUGGGGUCUCAGCAUCCAUAACCAACGCAUGCAGCUCCUGUCAUGUGGCGCUGAUGGACUCGUCUGCCUCUGGUCCCCUCAAAACAAAGUUCCACUCCUAUCUACUUUCUCUUCUCCAGAUGAUGGACAGCCAACUUCUGUAGACUUCGUUCACAACGAGACCAAUCAAAUGGUUACAGCUUACAAUUCGUCCCACUGUGUAAUUUACGAUUUGGAGACAGGAAAACCUGUCACCCGACUAGAAACCAGUCAGGCUGAAAACAUUUCUCAAGAUAAACAAAUCAAUCGAGUCGUGACGCAUCCAACUUUGCCCCUCACCGUCACAGCUCACGAGGACCGCCACAUCAGAUUCUUCGACAACGUUUCUGGGAAAAUGGUCCACUCAAUGGUGGCCCACUUGGAUGCUGUCACCAGUCUUGCUAUAGAUCCUAACGGUCUUUACCUUCUCUCAGGAAGCCAUGACUGCAGUAUAAGGCUGUGGAAUUUGGACAAUAAAACGUGUGUCCAAGAAAUUACAGCUCACCGAAAGAAGUUUGAUGAAAGUAUCUAUGACGUUGCCUUCCACCCUUCCAAGCCAUACAUCGCAAGUGCAGGAGCAGAUGCAUUGGCCAAGGUAUUUGUGUGAAGCGCUGUCUUCUGAUGGCACAUCGUUAAAAUAGAAACUCGUCUGCGUCUCUUUUUCGUCACGAUAUGCAACCGCAUCACUACUUAAAAAAAGAAACAAGUGAAUAAUGAUUUCCUGUUCUAAUCCAACCUCUGAAUGUGUAGAUAGGAUGGGAGGGCCAUCAAAAUCACAUCGGGUUUGCCGGUAGGAUUAGAGCUGCUCUAUAAGAAUGAACAAAAGUAUUUAUAAUUAGAGAUUUACUUCCCUGAGGAUAACAUGUGUACAUUAUUUUCUUCAGCGAUUAGGUCAGCCUGUUUUGAUUGCCUUAUUUUCCUUUAACACCUUAUACUCUAGGGAGUUUUGUAAUCUGUCCGCGACAUUGACGAUUUUGAUCCAAAUUAAAGUAAUAGUUCUGUGAAAAAAAACUGAAUGUGUAGAAAUUUUUGAUUCAAUGUGUUUUUGCGACAUUUCAAGUCAUCGUGACUGUAUCUUCUUAAGGCAGCUGGGAAAGCGUGCUGCAGUGGAUUAUACAAAGUGAAAUUGUCCGGGGGGAUCAUCAAGUAAUGUGUUGUCCACUCAUUUUACUUGUUUGAGAUGUGUCAUUGCUAUACGAGCUGAAAGCGGACGAGAGGACAGAAAAAUUGAAUGUAAUCAUUGUCAAAUAUUCUGCAAGAGAGAGGCAAUGAGUGAAUAAAAUAAAAAGUAAUGAAAAUCAUUACUCCAUUGUAAAAUUGUUGAGUUCCAUGUAUUGUAGACGGAAAGAAGCCAGUGCUGAGAUUAUCAUAACAAAUGAAUUAUCAGUGGAUGUUUGUUAGAUUUCUGAAAGGUUGUGUGAAUGGAGCCGAGUUUUAACAUACACACACACCCUGUAGAAACAGACAUAAACACGCGCACCCUGACACUCUGUAUAGUAAACAAACACAGAAUAUAGAUCUUGGUUAAAUAAUACUUUCAUUUGCAGUCUCAGCUCCUUUUCAUGGCAUGCAUGCUUGGAGAUGAUUGUGUGUGCGACCGUGCGUUUGCAGAAUUUGCGUAUAUGAUUGUGUAGCUUCUUUCAGGUAAAUUCUGCCAGCUGCACUCUUAAAUUUCUACCGAAUUUGCGUCUUCUGUAAUAAUGCUUCUCUUUCUAUAACUAGGGAGUAUUUUGAUUUAUAUUCUGCAAUAUUCUGUGAUUAAGGGAGUCAUCAAAUUGAGCAGAUUUAAUUUUAGCCAUAACUCAAAGAUUCUUCAAAUUUUCCAGAGUUUUAUUGCGAAUUCAUUUUAAUACUCUCAUGUCUGUAACGAAGUAAUCAUAACAUAUAAUUUAUAAACAAAAUACUACUCCAAUUUUUAUACCUUUACUCACUCUAUGAAUAUGCAUCAGAUGACAUUUUGAUGUAGUUGGCAAAAGAAGUGUCUGAACAUGAUCGGACAGGUCACUCGAAAAAUCAUGGGUUCGUGGUGCCAUCGUUCCCUGUUCUUAUUUAUUAUUUAAUUAUGACCAACUUGUAAAUUAUUGCAAAUAUCUUACUAUAAUGUGAGUUGGUAUGCGUACAGGUAAUAAAUGCAAAUAAUAAAAUCAUCA